AUGACGACUACACAUGAGGAGGAAUAUCCCCUCUAUGCAUUCUCCGGACUCCCAACGCAAACACCAACAUACCCAUCGGUUCACUUCCAGAUGCAACAACCCAUGAACAGUUUCAAUGCAUACAACAUGGAGCAGAACAAUGUCUCCGAAGCUCCCUCUAACUACAUCCUGGAAUCUCACAACUCUUCGAAGUACACAAAGCACAAUUUACAGCUUUCAACACCCAUUUACUCGCCCACCAAUACUACUGCCAACUAUUUCGACCUUCAACCUAACGUUCGUUCAGUCAAGUCUGAGUCUGCUGCUUCAAUGCUCUCUUCAUCCAGAGGGUCCCCACUUAUGGGUCUUCGUUCGUCUUCGGACUGGACUCCGUUACAUGGAGUUGGGUCCAAUCUUCUUCACCAAGGGCAUUACCAACAGCAAAUACUCGUAAACGACAACUUCAACUACGCCGCUCUUUCUUUACCCGAGAAGCCUGGAUGUGUUGACCCUACCCUCAUCCAGCCUCUGUCGCCAACGCCACCAACAACGACUCACAUGCACUCUGAUGUCAAGCAUCUGUUCCCUCAUCCGCCCUCCCCUACUCCGUCGUCAGCACACUCGAACAAAAGCUCGGGUGUUCUCAGAACUAACUCGGUCCGAUCCAACCGGCCAACAUCUCCCUACAUUCCCUCACAAUCUUGGAACCCCUAUCCCACAUCAUCCUCAUCACGCCGCCAGUCUAUCUCAUCAGCUCACUCACACCAUUCAAGACAUAGCCAGUCAUCAUUGGACUCUGAAGAGAACAAGGGCAUCUGCCCCAUCGCAUCAUGUGGUAGACACAUCAAGGAUCUCAAAGCACACUUGCUCACUCACAAGAACGAGCGACCUGAGAAGUGCCCAAUCACUUCAUGCGAGUACCACAUCAAAGGCUUUGCUCGAAAGUACGACAAGAACAGACAUACCUUGACUCACUACAAGGGCACAAUGGUCUGUGGCUUCUGUCCCGGUAGCGGUAGCUCUUCAGAGAAGAGCUUCAAUCGCGCCGAUGUAUUCAAGAGACAUCUCACUUCUGUACAUGGAGUUGAGCAGACCGCACCCAACGCUCGCCGACGAAGUGGAGGAAGCUCCAGCAUCAAGAAUGGCCACAACAAGAUCGGUGUUACUGGCAUGUGCUCGACAUGCAAUGUCGCCUUCGCCAAUGUACAAGACUUCUAUGAGCAUCUUGAUGACUGUGUGCUUCGCGUCAUUCAACAAGGCGACCCUUGUGAGGCUAUCAACGAGAGGAUCCUUAGCUCGAUGGUCGACGACAAGUCAGUCAGAGACACCUUGGAGAGACACUCAUUGAGCAGCGCUUCGAGUCUAUCGGGUCCUACUGUCUUCGAUGAAGAUGAGGAAGACGAUGAGGAGGAGGAGAGCUACAUCAAGAACGAGAUGGUCUCUCCCGUCCUCUCCAACAGCAACGUCAAGGAUGCGACUCGCCAAGGCAUGACCUACUCCAAAGGAGGCGUCUCCCUGCACUCCAUCACAAAGAACAACAAGCGUCGUAAGAACUACCCGCCUGCCUGGAAUGCGCCCCCUGAGAAGAUGAGAAUGAAGAAGCGAGUCUUGUGUGUCUUCGAUGGCCCGCGCAGACUCUGGAAAGAUGACCUCAUGCUGGGCAUCGACAACCAAGUGCGCGAGCCUCUUUCCGGCAGAAACUGGGUCACCAGCCUAGAUGUUCAGACUCUCAGAAGAGCCGAGGGUAUCCUCGAAGCGACAGAAGAAGAGAAAGGUUCAUGGCUAGAUGAGCAAGGCAACCCCUUCCUAUUUGCGACAGCUGUUUGA